UUACUCUCUCUUGUUUCUUGUUGUUAUUUUGUGUUAGGUGAUAAUUGUUUAUAGCUCUUGUUUUAUUAACACCCACUUACUAGUUUGUUUUAGGAUACAAAGAAGUCAUUAUUAUACAUUGAAACAAAAGAAAACCAAAACAGUUUAAUUAUGUACAGUAUUUACAAUAAGUUAAGAAAAAUGCUUUCAGAUAACCUUAUCAAGAAAAGUUUUCUGCUGAUCUGAAAAUAAACGCCAAGAAAAAAAGUUUUAAGAAAAUAUGUUUUUCAGAAUAAAAUUGUUUCAAUAAUAGAAUCUUGCUAAAGUGACUGUCAGGGUUUGUUUAUAUCUCAUAUACAAAUGUUUUCUUGAAGGAAAUACAUUACAAAUAUAGUUUUAUAAUUUUAUGCGGCGAAAACUAUAGACGUACGAGUGAGGUAAGCGCUACCCUAAUGGACACACAAGUAACCCCUCUGGAUGGAUCAAAGUAUUAUCUCAUGAAUUCAACUCUUGACUGUACGUAUGUUCAGGAGUAUAAUAAGCGUUGCUAUAAAGUAUUACGUGAGUUGAAAAAAAUAUUACAAGAAGAUGUCUUAGUCAAAUCUAAAUUAAAACACAUGCUAAAAAACUAUCCUUUCUCUACACAUACCACAGACAUUUUAUUAAAUUUAAACUAUGAAAGUAGUUUUUUUCCAGAAAGUAAAUUGAAUAAUCAUAAUUAUUCCUAUCUGGAACCAAAUAACACCAAAUUAAAAAAAAAAAGAGUUUCUGCAGAAUGUUACAGAAAUUCAUACGAAAAGAAUGUUCAACAUUUCUUUAGUAGUAACGAUGACUUGAAAAAGUCGUGUAAAGAAUCUCCCCCAUAUCCUAAAAAUACACCAGUCUUCUCGAAUAAUGUUACGGAUCAGACAAAUACUGGAAGCAAUACUCCUCCAACAUCAUUUCCAGUACUAAAAGGUUAUUUUUCAAAUUUAACCAUAAAAACAGACAGUGUAUCUAAAUCAAAAAAUAUUAAUGGUAUACAAUGUUCAACAGACAAAAAGUUCAAACUUGACAAACAAGAUUUAAAUGAUGCUUUGAUGGAUAGCUCUGGUAACAAAAGUUUCUUUAAUAUUACACCGAAUGCUUCAAGUAAAAAUGCUGAUCGUACAAAAAAAUUUUUGGUUUCUUCAAACAUUUUAUCUUCAUUAAAUCAACCAGUAUCAAAAUCUUGGGCAUGUUCUACUACUGAGUCAACAAUAUCUUUCAAAACAAUACUUCCGCACAAAUGCAGUUCAUUCACUAAUUUAACUGUAAACAAAGAAGUUUGUAUAACGAUGAAAAAUGAGAAAGUAAAUCCGGAAAAUGGUCAGUUGCUUAUGGAGUCGCUUUAUGCUUCGAACACACAGAUCAUUUCUGUAACACCAUCGCAAGGAAUUGAACAGUGUACCGAUAAUAAUCAUAAAAAACUUUUAUGUAAUUGCAACAUUAGAAGUCGAAGUAUAUCUUCAUCUAAAGCAUCUCGCAGUUUGUCCCGCUCACCAUUAAGAAACUUGAUGGAUGUACAAAAUCGAAGUUGGAGUAAAAGCAGUACAUAUCUCAGUUCUCCAACACAUAGCCAUGAUAAUUUCUCUUCAUCAUCACGCUCUGCUAGUACGACUUCUCAGAGUACUUCCAGAUUAAUUUCAACAGAUUCAGGCCGAUCUCGAUCUCCUUCUAUACCACGUCGAUAUGGUUCACCUAGUUUUCUUGACAGGAGAAGAAUAACAAGUGCUAGAAAAAGACCUGUUCCAUACAAUCGGCCUACACCAUCGCCUACAUCUUCGAGCAGCAAAUCAAGCAGUGAAAGUGAUGGCUCACAUCGAAGCUGCAAGUCAAGCUUAAGUUAUAGCGAUUAUUAACAACUUUAUGUAAUAAUAAAUUUACAAACCUUAUAUUCUAAAAACUUACUGAAUAUUAUAGGGAGACUGUUAAAAAAACAGU